AAAAAUCUUCGUCUCUCAGUUUAAUUUUAAUUUAAAAAUACUUUUCAUUCUCUAAUCGUGGCAUCGUCAUCAUGAAAAUUUACUUGCUAGUCAUUCUGAAACGUAAAAAUAUCAUAAAUUCGCCGCAACUGCAAUCGAAAACACUCCAAUAGUAACAUAAUUUUUGCAAUUAUAUAAUUCACACAUUUUGCUUUUGGAAAAAAACGAAAAUAUUUUUUUAAACGCAAAAAACGUAAGAAUUCUUUCCGUGAAUCUAGUUUUAUGAUUAAUUAAUCAAACGGGUUUCCAACGAAAUUACGUCAAAAUAUCAAAAAAUACGGAAAUCAUCGUAAAAAGUUUGGCAGAAUCGCAUUUUUGUAGUAUUUUUCUGUCGCGAUAGUGAUUGUUACACAAAGUACAUACUAAUUGGAUAUAAAUAAAUUUUGCUGUGCAAAAGAAAAAAAAAAUUGUUGAUAUUAAUAGAUUUUGCGAAGAAUAAUUAGGAAAGGAAUUUUUUUGUUGUCAAAAGUUAAAAGGCCUUCGCAGUGAGUCAAGAUGCAAACGCGCACAGAGAUGCGUCCCGUGAAAUAUCACUAUGCCGACACUUUUUGGUGCACCUACAUCGUUUCCGUAUUUGCGGCAAAUAUCGCCGAAACUGUCACAUAUCCGCUGGACCUUACAAAGACCCGACUGCAGAUUCAGGGCGAAGCUUUAAAUAAUGCUGCGAAGAAAAUUAGUUCUAAGAUUGAACAUCGUGGAAUGGUAGCGACGGCAGUUGGAAUUGCACGCGAAGAGGGUUUCCUCAAGUUGUGGCAGGGCAUUUCGCCGGCCUUGUAUCGUCACGUUGUGUACAGCGGCGUUCGGAUUGUGACGUAUGACAUGAUGCGCAAGAAAAUGCGGAACGAUAAUGGGAAUUUUUCCGUGUGGAAGUCGGCGUUAUGCGGCGUUACAGCUGGUUCGUUGGCACAAUGGCUCGCAUCGCCUGCCGAUUUGGUCAAAGUUCAGGUGCAAAUGGAGGGCAAACGACGUUUGAUGGGUUUGGAGCCUCGGGUUCACAGUGCGGCGCAUGCAUUCCGGGAAAUUGUCAAACGAGGAGGGGUCCGAGGACUGUGGAAAGGCAGCAUACCGAACGUACAACGAGCAGCUCUAGUCAAUUUGGGAGAUUUAACGACUUAUGAUACGGUGAAACGAUUUGUGAUGAACAAAACGGGACUACCGGAUUGCCAUACGGUGCAUAUUGUGUCGUCGAUUUGCGCGGGAUUAGUUGCAGCGACAAUGGGAACGCCAGCUGACGUCAUCAAAACACGAGUAAUGAACCAACCGACAGACAAGGAGGGAAGGGGACUUUUGUACAAAAGCUCCAUCGACUGCUUGAAACAAACCGUUUCAAAAGAAGGAUUUUUCGCACUUUACAAAGGAUUCUUGCCCGUUUGGAUCCGCAUGGCGCCCUGGAGUCUCACAUUCUGGCUCUCCUUUGAACAGAUACGAAGUUUCUUGGGUGCUGAAAUGUACUGAACUGCUGUAGUAACACAAGUCGAUGAUAAUCUGUUUCAAGAUUAUGAGUUUUUUGUUUCGGUUACUAGAUGUUAGAACAAAAAUUUUAGACUCGCACACUAAUUUUAAUGAAUAACCACGGACAAUAAUAUUUGGUGAAAGACUGCAAGAAGAUUUUUGAUACCCUUUUUUUUGUUUUUUUGCUAGUUUAGUAGAUGAAAUUCCAAAACUACUAUCGUUAGACUGAACGUUGAAAGUUUUCACGUAGAUUGGUUAUAGGCGUAGCCUGCUUAAUGGCGUUGUUUUCCUUUUUCUUAUAGACUGUAGCUCAAAAUGUGUCACUAAAAGAGAUAAAAUUCUGAAAUUUUUAUUUUAUUUUUGUUGAAAAAAAAAAAAUUGAGGAAGUUGUAUAUAAAUAUAUUAUGAAAUACGAAUAAACGUUUUUUUUUGUUUUAGGCUAAAUUUGAGUUUUUUUUUAC